GACUGCAGACACAGUACAGGAGAUGACCAGAGACUGCAGACAUAGUACAGGAGAUGACCAGAGACUGCGGACACAGUACAGGAGAUGACCAGAGACUGCGGACAGUACAGGAGAUGACCAGAGACUGCGGACACAGUACAGGAGAUGACCAGAGACUGCGGACAGUACAGGAGAUGACCAGAGACUGCGGACACAGUACAGGAGAUGACCAGAGACUGCGGACAGUACAGGAGAUGACCAGAGACUGCGGACACAGUACAGGAGAUGACCAGAGACUGCGGACACAGUACAGGAGAUGACCAGAGACUGCGGACACAGCACAGGAGAUGACCAGAGACUGCGGACACAGUACAGGAGAUGACCAGAGACUGCGGACACAGUACAGGAGAUGACCAGAGACUGCGGACAUAGUACAGGAGAUGACCAGAGACUGCGGACACAGUACAGGAGAUGACCAGAGACUGCAGACA